ACCCACAUGGGGAAGUCAGAGAAGGUGAUCUUUACUUGUCAUUCAUUUUAGUGAGUCAGAAGGACCUUCUGCAGCAUCAUCUAGAUGACUUAAAGGGGGUUUCUAGUAAGGAUGUGGGGAGAGCUGGGAGAUCUCUUUAUGGGGUACUUUGGAAGAAGAGGUCAGUGGCCUAGGGCUGGAACUCCCUGGAAUCUGACAAAAAUAUCCAUCUCUUCAUCUUUCCAGAGUGAACUCAGACAUGAAUUCAUUGCCACCCCCAAGGAGGACGGCAAGGGUUGGGGGUUGGAGGGGGUUGGGGAAAACGUGUGGAGGGAGGCGUUUGUUCCGGGAGGGAUUUAGGCGGCGCUUUCGCUUCUAAUCUGCUUCGAGAACAUCUGCCGCCGCUCCACUUGUCGGUGACAUCUUGCUAUGGUGGAAAGGUUUGGAGGACUGGGUGCUACGAAGAUCCGCCGUUGUUAGCAUCCAAUUCGCUUCUACCUUUGGCAGAGGGCGCCGAACUCGAGUAGAAGAAAGGGAGACGAUCCAGAAAGGUUCGGGUGAAGAAGGCUGGGGCGCGUCGCAGGUGGACCGAGAGUACAAGGAAGCAGCUGCCACCGAAAACUCUCCUUGGAAUAAACCUGUGGAGGAGGAAAGAGGAGAGAGAGGCGUCGGAAGAGGAAGGGAAACCGCGGCCGGGGGCCGGCUGGCCCCGCUGGCUCCCGCCGGGCGGGGACCAUGCAUUGUGGGAGCAAGGUGAAGAGCGAAUACAUGAAGCGCUACAAAGACCCCAAGUGGGACACAUGUGGCCCGUGCUACCGGGAGCUAUUGCAUUAUCGCCUGAGCCGGCGGCUACUGGAGCAGACGCACAACCCUUGGUUAUGGGACGGCUGGGGGCCGUCCAGCAACUCGGACGAUUCCUCAUCUUCUGGAGGUGGUGGGGCCUCCACGCCCCUGGGUCCCCAGGGAGCUUCGGCCCCUUCUCCACCCCAGACUCCCCUCAAGCCCGAAAGAGAGGGAGAGGAACUCGGAGUGGAAGAGAAAGGGGCCGAGGCAUCCGAGGAUGAGGACGCUGCCAGCCCUCCAGGUAAGUGGUUGGUUGUUCCUCGGCGGAUGAUUGGGGCAACCCUUGUUUUGGAAGAUGACAGUUUAGUAGGGCGCGUUCUUGUUUAUCUGUUACUUUCUGAGAUCGGAGCUGGAGGGGGAGAGGAGGAUUUUUCCCCCCACUCUUUACUUCCUUCUCCUUCCCAUCAUACCCAGUCACCCCGGACCCCAAAACUCACCGCCCCCACCUCCAGCCCAGUCAACGCAUGCCUGGAAUUCAAGGCCCUCCAUGAUUGGGGUGUAUAUGAUUCUACCCUUCUGGCCUUAUUUCAGAUUCCCCUCGAUAUGCAUGCUUUAGCCAAACUAGACUUGUGCUAUCCAACUUUUGCCUUCACUAAAACACCAGGGAAAGUCACACAAGAAAAAGAUAAACAGCAAAUGGAAGUGAAAAAAGAACAGAUAGAAGUGAAAGACAAACUAAUGGAUAACACAGAUCAUCCUCGACAACGUGCCUUGCUUUCUGGAGCUGAUAAGAAAACAGCAAAAAGUCCUCAAAGACCAAGUAAAACAAAAGAAGUCAAACAUCCAUUUGCUCUUUAUGGCUGGGGGGAAAAACAGACCGAUACUGGGAGCCAGAAAACACAUAAUGUAUGUGCUUCUGCUCCAGAACAACAGAUUCAUGAGUCAGCAUUACGAGCCAAGAACAGAAGACAAGUGGAAAAAAGAAAACUGGUCAAUCAGAGACAAAGAGCCUAUUCUGUAGAUGUGCAGAAACCCAGAAGGAGCAAGCCUUCCUCUUCAGAUAGUCCAUGGAUGACAGAGUACAUGAGAUGCUACUCAGCAAGAGCUUGAUGAAAGAAAAAUGUGCUUAGAUGACCUCAUUAAAAACAGGACAUUGGUUUGGGAAACACAAUGAUUAUGGAAGGGUUUGUUUAGAGAAUUCCCAAAAGAGUGUUAUUUUCGUGUAUUCUGAUAACCUACCUCCGUAGUAGGGUGGAUAGCCGAAGCCAUAGACAUUUGAAGUUAUUCAUGGUGAUCAUUUUCUAGGUCUUUGGUAUUCUUGUGUUUUUGAGGCAUUUUUAUCUUAGGAGCAAAUGGCACAAAAUGCCUUUUUAGUGGCAAGAUUUAUAAGACGCUUAGUAAUUGGUUUUUCAUAAUUAUAGACAGAGCCCAUUCUUAUGAACAUCCACAAACCCUGUAGAAAGUAAGAUGGUUCCAUUUUUGGACUUAACACGCCUGUUUUCAAUUACAUGAGUGGAAGAAUCAAUAGUAAAAGAGCGAUCAUUCCUGAGAGCUAUUCUGAUCCCUACCAUCUUGUGAAAUGAGUUCUGGUAAAAAGUUCUAUUUAGCUUAUUUCUCUAUUAAUUCAUUAUCAUUUCAUGUGGACAAGUAACAUUUAAACUUGGCUAGGGUUUAAUCUCAUUUUUUCUCCUUGCUGGUUUGGGCACUUAAUCGAUUUAAUAAUCCUAUUCCUAUUGAGAGAUCUGUGCAAUGAAUAUUUUAGGGUAAGACUGAAGGAUUUUUUUGAGUCAAAGACUGCCACAAGUUAAAUUUUCUACUGCAGAACUUUAAGAGCACACUACUGAUGACUUAAUUACUUGCUGAAUCUGACUUGUGGCCCUAUUUUAAUCAUGUAUUUUUGACACUUGUAUGACAACUGGUUUUUAAGAAUAAAUGGGCUUCAGAGCAGUAAAUUUUAGAAUUUGUACUCAAAGUUAGAAUACAUUUGUAAGUAUUGAAGUUCUGGAUCUGAUCAGAAAUGGGAAAUUGAAGAAAUGAUGUCAGCAGCCUCAUUUCCACUUGCAUUGCUUUUCUUCUUCAGAACAAAUUCAACAGUAAGCAAAUGUUGGCUUUUUUACAGUGUUCCUCAAACUUAUGAAUUCAUUGGCAUUCCUUAUUGAUAUUCUUAUAUCAUGAUAUAUCUCAGGGAAUGAUUAUGUGUUUCCCUGCAUAUGUAUAAGAAUUCAAGAGGAAUUAUCUUUCUUUGGAGCUCCAAAAUGUCCUUAAUAAGUAUAGUUUUCAGCUAAGUCUGAAUAUGGCUUCUUUUUCUAUCCAUUAGGGAUGGAGACCUGAUUAUGGGAUCUGAUUAUUAAAGAUCCUUGAAGGAAAAGGGAAAACCCCACAUAUGUAGCUCUAGCAGCAAGCAUGAACAAGAAUUAUGUGUUAUUAUAACAGGUGCUUUUAGAUGUGAGACUAAAUAUUCCCAAGUUUUUAUUCUCAGUCUUUAGAACAAUGCCAACAACUAUAGUGUAUAUAUUCACACUUUAUGAUAUUUUUUUCUUUCCUCAUUUGGUCUUUAAAUAUAUUCUACUUGUUUAGUUAUAAAUAUGUUAGGUUUUGAAAGCUGAUUUCUAAAUAGUAAUAGACUUUCUGCUUAAUUGUGCUUUUUGAUCUUUAUAUGGUUUUGAGGUUCAUUCACUUGUUCAGAGAGCUGUCUGUGCCAGUCAUUGAACCAUAUGAGUUAAAUCAAAUCUCUUUAUUCUGUAUAUCAUUACCAAAACCAAAUCACCAAUGCAUGUCAGCACUUCUGGUAAUAAUCCUUUAAAAUCAUUAUUCGUUUAUUAAGCCGUAAACAUUGGAAGUACCAAAUGUCCAAAGGAAUGUGGCAAUGAGUGGUAGUUAUGUAAAUGGAUGUAAAAUUCAGUGUUCUCACAUGGUCAGGUUUAGUAAUCAAGCUUAAACUUUUCAUAUUGCAUCUGACAAUCAGAAAGUAGCACUGUGAAGUAAGGUAGAAUUGAAAUGUUUAAAAAUAGCCUUAGAAAUUUCAUUUUCAAAUCAAUUUUUUAAAAAAAAGUCUUUUCUAGUCUAGAAAACUGACUUGCCUGUAACUUAGUACCAAAAAUCCAGACAGACUCACAGAAAACUAAAGGCUAAAAAUGACCAAAAUAAUUUUGUUCAAAAACUACCAGAAGCAAAAAGAUAAAUAUGGUUUUAAUUGUAUUUUUGAUACCUACUACUAACUUACACUGAUUUCUUUAAAAGUGGCUAUAAUAAUCCUGUCAGUUUUUUAGGGGUGGGUGGGUGGAACACUAAUUCAACUCUCCUUUCAUUAGAUUACAAUUUAUGACACUUUUUCUUAGGCUUUGAAACAAUUCUGUGAUCAUGCAAUUUUUUUUCCUUUCUUAUAAACAAAGAUAAUUUCCCAUGAUGCUAUUACCAGUUCUCUGUGAUAACUUAUUAGAAAAUAAAGUAAUGUAAAUAAAUUCACAUGGAAGAAGUCUGAGACUGAGAAUGGGAUCUUUUAAAAUAUAGAGGAAAAGAUAUUUAAAGGAGAAAAUGUUGCUAUGAGAUUCCCCCUCUCCAAUUUUAGCUUUAAUAUUUUAGUUAAAAAAAAUCUUUGUUAAAAAUCUUUUGCCAUCAGUGUGCUCCUUUCCUUUUGCUGAGCUCCUUUUUCCUUCACCUUCAACGUAGUAAUAGAAUUUUGAAAGCAGUGGCAGCUGUGUGGGUAAAUAAAAGUGACUAUUUUUCCUUCUCUCCCUGUUCCUUAAAACUUAAAGAACAAAACAAAACAAUAACAGCAACAAUCUAAUAGUGUAUUAAAAACAACAACAACAAACUCUUCUCAUGGCUCUUUAUCUAGAAAAUUUUAUAUACUACUCUACCUAUUAUUUUUGUAUGUUUUUGGUCUAAUGUGUUAAUGAAAUAUAUGAAAUUCAAUGCCCUUAUCGUAAUGAAAAUACUAAUGAAUAGAAGACUCAGAUGGGUCUUUAACUUAUUUGAAGAUAGAAUUAUAGACUCUUGAGUGGCUGCUCUAGUUUGACUUUGCUUAGGUUUUAUGUGCUUGGAUUAGAUCCAAAAUCAGUUGUUAAAACUGAAAGGGAAUGAUAAUAGUGUGCCUUGUUUGGGGCCACUUCUCUGUUUUAGAAAACAGCUAAGUGAUGUCAAGGUAAGGUUCAGUUUAAUGAUGUGGCUACUGCAAAUUGAUUGUCUAAAAGGAAAUGAUCCCACAUAAUAUGCUUUACAAAAUGAGUCUUACUACAUUAUUUACCCCCAAUGUCUAAGAUGAACCAAUUUAAACUCUUGGAGAGCUGGGAACACAAAUUCCUAGUGAAGCAUCAUGAAAGUCAGUCAUAUUUAUAAGUAUCCAAACUGUUAAUAGGUAAAACUAGAGACACAAAGUACUUCUGAACUGAAAAUUCUUUUUUUAGUUGAAUGUCAGUGAAAAAUUGGGUUUUGCAUUUCAUUAGUUUUUGAAGCCACACAGUGAGGUUUGCUUAGUUUGAAUGUUGAGUUUGCUCAGUAUCAAACUUGCAGUCUACUAUGAUCUGUGUAAAGACCUUGUUAUAAUUUGUCUCUGACACCAGAUAAAAUACAUAAAAGAAAUCAGCAUGCUUGCUUCAAAACUCUGCUUUCAAAUUGCUUUGCUAUUGUUUUUAUAAAUGCCACAGGAUGACAGGACAUUUUAGUGCAUGAUUAUGCUCAAUAUUAAACCAUCAUACAGGAAGUACUGUUUAGAUUUAAGACCAAUAAUGAUCCCCUUCUUAACACUUGUGGAGAAAUUUGGGUGGUUCUCAAUUCCAAAUUGUUAUUUUUUUAAAUAAUCUAUACAGCUUGGAAAUUGUUCAGGGAAUGAAAAUAUUCUAAGCCCCAAUGCUCUUUCUAGGAAAGAAAAAAAAAACAAAUGCUUAUACAUUCUUAAACAAGAGACCUUUUGAAUGAUCAUUUUAUUAUUGAUAAUAGUGACAAAAAGUUCUUAGCUAUUUUAAGGGCACUCAAAGGAUAUUCAUGAUUUCCUAUUUCAAUUUCAGUAGACCAUGCAUUGGAUGUGGUCUUUUAAUGAAUAAAAAGAAGGAAAAUUGUCACCCCCUACCCCUAAACCCCGCCUUUUAAAGCACUGCAUUCACUUUAAAUUUUAAGAAGUAAAGGCUAGACUAAUCAUCAAGUUCUGGCAAUGCGAAUUUCAGGUUUUACUUUUCUAAGAGAAUAGAAUGGAUUGUUUUUAGCUUCUCUGAUAUUGUAUUUACUUGUAUAAAUGUGAAUAAAAUUAAUACUACCAGUAAAGAAUUAUAAUUUUGUGAAAAACAA